AUGAAGAUAAUGAGAGGGAAAAGGAAGAAAAUAUUUAUAAUAUUAAUAAUAACAUACUUAUACACUAAGCUUAAUAGAAUAAUUAUAUGCACAGCGCCUGAGGAACCUAUAUAUCAAAUCUCAGACAGUUAUACUGAAAAUAUAGAUGGAUUAAUACCUAUAGAGCACUCAGAUGAGAUGAAUACAUAUUAUACACAAAACACACUUGAUAGUAUGUAUAAUACAUAUUCACAUGGAUAUACUAAUGAGAUAACAUCUGAUUAUUAUUUAGGGGCGUGCGAUAUAGAGCACUCGUGUGUAAAUAAUACAGAAUACGCACCACCUGAAGCACCAUAUUAUAGUUGGUCUGAUUUGCCAUGUACAAGUACGGAUAAUACAUCAUACCAGAAUAUAGAGGAGCAUACACAGGCACAGAUAAAUGAUUCUUAUUUAAACACAGCGGGGCCAUCUUCGAGUUAUAUAGAGUAUGUACCAAAUACUGCAUAUAAUACAUGGGAAAACGAGGAAAAAACGGAACCAUUAACUUAUUCUGAAUUAUAUUCUGGUAUUGCGAAAGAAGCACCUUCUUAUGUUAUAAUGCAGACUAUCCCAGAUAAUAAUACAUAUGUGAAUACAGGCAAUGAGUAUACAGACACUGGAUAUACAGAUACAGCUACAGAAACGAGUAUUAAUUAUUCUAAUAUAAAUAUAGAAGACAUGUGCAGUGAAAGAAAAAAAUUAUGCACGGGAUUGGGCAAAGAACCUAAGAUUAAUAUAUUACAAAAUAUAAAAAUCACUCCAUCCAUAGCAAGUACCAGCAAGAAUCUAGAAUUAAAUACAAAUAGCAAUCAAGACAUUAAUUCUGAACUUAUAGAGAUCUGUGCUAGUAUGGGAGUGAAUACAGAUGCAGCUCAAUUAGAAACAAUUGUUGUAAAAAAUUAUUCUACAGAGUAUACCAAUCUUAUGAGUAGUAUGAAGAGAUAUAAAUCUCGAUCAUACGCAAGCAAAAAUAGAUCUAUGCAGAAGAAUAAGAAAAUACAUGACAGCACCAAGUUGUCUGAUUAUAGAUAUGGAAAUCUUCGGCCUGUUAUGAGAGAUUUUGUAAAGUCAAAAAAGACUUUAUGGAUGGUGCUCUAUGAGUGUAAAGGGCAUGAUAUAGUAAAGCUUAUUUUUAAUCUUGAAGAACUUUCAAGGAACAAAGAAGUUGCAGAUUCUAUUUUUGCCCCAGUUGGGCUGCCUUAUUACAGUGGAUUUAUGUAUGAUUUAUAUGAGUACCUGCUUAAAAACACGCCCUCUUACUAUAGGCCAUUUUUUGAAGGUGCCUCGUGUAAGAAAAAAAGCUCUGUUUUGCACGCGAUGGCGCUGGGCAAUAUUUAUAUUAAAAGAGAGCUAAAUAUAGGAUGGUGCGCUGAGAGUAUUUUCUAUAUUGCAUAUUUUCUAAAUAAAGAAAUAGGUGGCAAUUUAUCAAAAGAAACAAAGUUAAAAAGACAACUGCAUGCAAUUUUGGGCAUACCUGAAAUAUAUGAAGAUUUGUUUUACAUGCCAAGGUCUAUGCUUGAAGAUAUAAAAUGCAAUGUACUAGAAAUAGACAAAGAUAUACCUGGUUUAAAGCUACAGGACAAGCCCAAGUUUUUAGAAUGCCUCAUGAUUGUCUGUUACUUAUCUGAUAAAACGCAAGGAGAUAUGAAUUCAAUGUUUUUUUCAUAUGCCGCAAUAGAGCGGCUAGCUAUUAAGUAUGACUGGUACACAUAUACCGAUACACAGAUGUACAUAGAAAUCUAUAGGGUAUUUUGUAUGUUUUAUAACUAUGUUAGUGCCAUUUACUGCAUGACUAAACAAGAUAUUUUAAAAAAAUCGUUUGGCAGUUCAACAACGGACAUUUCAGAAUCAGUCUUGCCAAUAAAAACCCAGAAGGACCGGCCAGAAUUUGUAUUCAACAAGAAGCACACGCCUGUUCCUUCUAACUACAGAAUGCUGUUCCUGGGAAAAGAGACUAUUGUUUCGCAGAUGUAUGUGAAGUGCAGAAUAAAGAUUAUAAAAAAAGAAAUUAACUAUAAGGGAGUGGACAAAAAACUUAGAAGAAUAUGUGAACCACUUACAUAUUGCAUUGGCAACUACACUGCUGUACAACUGUCUUUUCACCACCACUAUCAUAUUCAGUUUGUAGACAACACAAGGCACAGAGUGCAUGUUGUGCACCUUCCAUUUUAUACCUCUAAAACGAACGGCACUAUAGAAUAUCUGUAUGUUCACACCAUUAAGGAUAUAGUAGAGCACUUGAAAAGUACAUUUGGCAUUCAAACUCCUGAAGACUCACCAUUCACUAAUAAUGUAUACCCAUUCAAAUAUAACCGAAAUAGAAAAACCUGGUCUUUAAUAAGCGAUGAUAUUACUCUGAGCAAAACAAUGCUGGAUAUGCACAAUUUGAAGCACGAUGUUAUAUUCUACCACAUAGAAGAGAACAUAAAAACCACAGAGUUUGUUUUUGUGCAGUUUAAUACUAUAAGCAUGGAUAUAUACACAGAUAAAAUCCUCGCUAUUAGUAAAUUAGAAAUCCAAAAUAGAAAACAGAUAGAAGAUGAUAAAAACGGAAUAAAGCCAAGAAUUCCUUUGUUUUUCUCAAAGUUUAUAUCAUCUGCAGUGCAUUUAAGCCCGUAUUGGUUAAAAACCACCAAAUAUGAAGUAAAGCAGAUUGACUCAUACACAGACCUUGUUCCUGUUGAGUUUUUGCACUACCUUAUUAAAGAAAUAACCCGAUUUAUUAAGCCAUAUAGAAUAAUUGAGCUAAAUAAUACUUUUGUAUAUAUAAAGAAUUACUAUACUGAUUUCUUUAUAAUUGGUCUUAUGAGCAAAUAUGAAGAUUGUGGGUGCUAUAGCAUGAAUAUUAUACAAGAAACCGAUAAUGAAAAUGAGGUUAUUUUAGAGUGGCUGACUCAUUUGCCGACAUCCAUUGAAGAAUACACUAAUUACUGCUUAGAUUUAAGCCAUAGUUUCGCUAAUUCCAGUAGUGAAUCUUCAAUCAGCAGUAACUCUAAAAACCGCACUCUUAACUUAUUUCUAAAUAUGCUGAAACGAAAAUCCGAGUUUAUGGAUAUGGUUUGCUAUGGAUUAUUAGUUGGAAAUAAAGUAAAUGAAAAUGAAACCGGUACAUUCCCCAUUAUAUGCCCUACUAUUAGACACUUCAUAAGUAAACUAAAAAACCAACUAACCAUGUCUAUAGAUAAGUAUGUUCCCAUUAUAAAUAAUAUUGAAGGAAUGACAGACAUUGUUAUAAGCGUAAAAAACACUAAUUAUACAAAAUCUAAACUUGGUAUACAUUAUGAUAUUUGUGAUAUUAUCUUUAGAAGUUACACAUUGAAUUUGUAG